AUGAUUCAGAAUAGACAAACAAGACGGUCUGCUGGAAUUAUGGGCAGGGAUCAGAAAACCAGUCCUGGACAGCACAAGCACUGUGAGAAAUGUUUCAACCGGCAAUGCCAAGCCCCAGUCGAGCUCACCAUCUCCUGCCUAGUGAUCAACUGCCAUUCACGCUGUGGGGCUGCCUUUCAUAUGUGUAAACAGGAAGAACACCAACUCUUAUGUCCCCUAGAGCAGGUCUCAUGCCUCAACUCAGUUUACGGCUGCCCUUUCUCCAUGGCCCGUUUUAAGCUGGCAAAGCACCUUCAGGUCUGUCCAGCCAGUGUUGUCCACUGCUCUAUGGAAUGGAAUCGCUGGCCAAAUGUAGACUCAGAAACCAUUCUACAUAAGAACAUUAUGAAGGAGCCACAUAAUGAGCAGUAUCUAGAUACAGCCCUAGCCCUCAGAGAUCAGAAGAUUCUUUUUAGAACUCUGAAAAUGGUUGAGCUAUUUCCAGAAUGGAGAGAAGAUGAUAACACGGAAGAGCCAAUAGCAGGUUUGGAAGAAGGAGCCGUUGGGGGAAUAGCAUGUGAUUCUAUAGAAGCUGAUGGCCAAGUUGCUGAGCUUACCCAACAGGAGCGUGAGGAUUUGGCAAAGGAUAAGAAGGGGAUGGAUCUAGUAAGUUACAAAGCCUGGGAGAACAUGUUUAGCAAAGAGCUUUCAGCAUUGAAGGCAACAGAUGUUUCAGCAAACUCGGAAAAAAAGGAAGGAGAUUGCUACAAGAAAACAGGACAGAUUCUUUGUGAUGGCAACCCCAAGGAGAAGACAAAGGAAGCAGCUAUUGUGGAAGAGCCAAAAGAAAACAAAAAUAAUCAAGUGAUUACAGGUGCAGAAAAGACAGGUCUGGCUCCUUGGCAAGAUGGGAUCCUGGAGAGAUUGAAGAAAGAAGUUAACGUAGGGGAUUAUAACAUGUACCUGGUGCAUCAUGGGAGAAUGCUCAUCCAUUUUGGUCAGCUAGCUGCUUGUACACCAAGAGAGAAAGACUUUGUGUAUGGGAGUUUGGAGGCUCAUGAGGUGAAGACUGUAUGCACCUUCAGAGUGCCAGUUAGCUAUCAUGGCAAAAGAGCACAACUUCGAGAUUCCUUGGCAUACAAGAUAGCAAUGAUGGACAAGUCAGUGGAUACUUCAGAUUUGCAAAUAAGCCUUGAGGAAUUUCCUAAAUCAGAUACAGCCAGAAGUACACUAUUGUGUGCACUGGAAAAGGAACUGAAAGGUCAUGAGAUCUCAGAAGCAAAGAAUAUUGAUGGACUGUUCAUGGAUUUUGGGACACAGACAUACAGCUUUCAGGUGGAACCCUUCUCCUCUAGAGCUGUUCUAGCGGAUGUUCUGGAUAUAAAAAGCCCACCAGAACUCCAUGUAGAGCUUCAUACUGAGUGUGUGACUAGAAGACAUAACAAAAGCUGCUCAGCCUUCACAUUCACUUGCAAUCACUUCUUCAGGAGGGAUGAGUUUCCUUCACAUUUCAAGAAUGUUCAUGCUGAUAUCCAGUCCUCUCUAAAUGGAUGGUUCCAACAUCGUUGUCCACUUGCCUACUUGGGAUGUACUUUUGUUCAAAACCGCUUCUACCCUGCUAGUCAUAAAGCAAAGAUUAUCUACAGCCAGCAUCUUGAUACAUUUGCUAUUAAACCAGAAGUUGACCCUGUGCUCUCUGAAACACAGAAAUGCAAUUUUACAACAAGUAAUCAAGGAAAAAGUAAAGAAUCCUUGAGCAGCCUUCCAUUGGAACUUUUACAGUAUAUUGCUGGGUUCUUGGACAGCUUCAGCUUGUCUCAGCUGUCCCAAGUGUCUGUACUGAUGAGGGAUAUCUGUGCCACUCUACUUCAAGAGAGAGGGAUGGUCCUCCUGCUGUGGGAGAAAAAAAGAUAUUCCCAUGGAGGUACUUCAUGGAGAGCUCGCAAAAAGAUCUGGCAGUUCAGCAGCCUGUUCUCCCCUGUUAACAACUGGCAGUUCGGUGAUGUUCCCUCCAUGUCUGAACACCUGAAGAUCUGUCCGUUCUACGAUGUAGAGCACAAGAAGGAUCCAUUCUUGCUUGCCAGCAUGUGUGGACCCCGAAAGCGGGCUCAAGAUAGCUUGGUCUCAACCUUCAGGCAUGGAUCCUGAAUAAAUCCUCCCAGCUUCCUCCCCCAGUUGUAGAGAUUAUUAUGUGGGCACCCCAUAAGAAAAUUCCCUUUGGAAACACAAAAUCAACCUUUUGCUGUUCUGUUUGGAAUAUGUUGCAUCAUUUUCCUUCAGUAUUUUAGCAAUACUAAAAAAAAAAAAAAUCAGUACUUUAUUCAGCUGACAGGCUUUCUGUUUAUUUUUUGUGUUUCAUGCCUGCUCAUAAAUAGAGCCACCUGGAAAAAGCAAUGAUAAGAGUACUGGUUUAUAGCAGGCAGCCUGGCAAUCUGGAAAUCAGGGAAAAGCUACUGUCACCAUACUUUUUCCCUGAGGGAGGAAAGAGCAGCUAGAGUACCUAGUUUGGAUGAAUCUUAUCCCUGUCAGUAAGCAGAAUCAUCGACGACUACUAGCACACAGAGAAAUUCCUAGAGUGUGCAUUUGCUAGGUUACUUGAAAACUGACAGAUGUGGAGAUAGCAAGGGUACUGGUGUGCAUAGGCACAGGAGAACAAGCCCCAAAUUGGUGGAUGAAUUACAGCUAUAUAGAUAUUUUACCAAGGAGACAGGAAUGCAUCAAACAGUAACAAACUGGUAUUUGAGGGAAAAGGACUUUAGGCCCUGAUUCAUGAAAGUAUCCCCAUUCUGGACCGCAUUUAAGUGCAUGCUUAAAGUAGAGAUGGUUGAAACAGUUCAAAUAAAAAAAUUCUUUGUCAAAAAUGACAGCCAAAAUUAAAGACCAUUUUUUAACAAAUUUGCCCUAAAUGACACUGUUUUCAAUGUCAUGCAGUGAGUCAGAAAUAUUCCUGGCUUCUAUGCUCAAACUUCUAAACAAUUCUCAUUGGCCAGCUGAUGCAAAGUGGAAUAGCACCAUGAAAGUCAGUUUAUACCAGCUGAGGAUCUGGCCUAUUUUACAAUUAGUACCUGUCCCAAUGAUGUUGGUAUUAUUUCAGCUCUGGUCUGCUUGCGUCAAGUCCAGAGAAAAUUGCUCCGCUAGCUCUCUUUACAUAGAAAGAGAGAUUAUGACAUCAGUUUCACCCCCACUCCAUACCUAUCAUCUUGACUCUUCCUUUAUUCUGUCCGUGAAAGCAGGUCCUGGAAUCAGACUGGAGAGAAAGGGCAACAUUUUUAAUUUUGGCAGUUCAGGGUAUGAAUUAGAGAAGAGAACAUCUUGACAGUGGUCCCUUUCCCUUCCCUUCAUUUGAUGCUGCAGGAUGUUGUCCCUGUUAACUGGUGACCAGGCACUAGCUAGGAUUUAAUUAAUCAGAAGAGAUAUGCUGAGCUGGUCUAACCUGGAAGCCUCUGAUAAAAGCUUCACUGAAAUCGUCUGAGCUAGAUCCUGACCUAUUUAUCUUAGUGAGCACAACAUGGAUACAUUUUAAAGACGGAUACCGAGGGGGUUGGCUAGGAGAAGCUGGGCACCUGUUGCUUUUGUAAAACAACUUGUCUGCUAUAGAGGAGCUCAAAUUGGAAGACUGAAUCCAAACCUUCUCUAAUACUGAGGACAUUUGGAUCCAGAUCUCAUACUUGAAUUUCAUGGCCUGGCCCCAUUUUAGUUGCCUGUUUUAUUUCCAAAGAAUAAAAGUCACAUUCUACUCUGGGUCUUGACUGACAGACUAUGUGUCAGUCCCAGUACCCUACACUGAAACUAUGGCUUAGGUGAGACCUGGGAAGUAUAAGGAAUAUAUUUAAACGCAUGAGACAAGCAUGGACUUUUGGAACAAUAAGUGUUAAGUGGGUUUCCUGAGGAAUCCCUGGGGAGUGGUUAAUAUAAAUUCCAUUACAGGAGUUAUGCAAAAACCUAGUCCUUUCAAACUAUGCCCUGAGGAGCGGGCCAUCAAUUGGUGAUUGCCUGUUCUCGGAGACUGGAGAUCAAAGGCCCAAGCUGUAUACAGAAGCAGCUGAACCUUCCAGUUGGGAUUCUGGUGCCUGAUCUAAAAACCGACAUGAACAUGUAACCAAGGGGGCAAAUCCAGCUGUGAGGUUUGCGAGACUGACUAUCAGAACCCCCAACUGGAAUUAGGGUGACCACUAAUAAGUUAUUUAUAUGC